AUGUCACAUCCAUGGGCAACGAUUCCUCCGGCGACGACGAGUGCGGACGUUGAUAAUGUCUAUGCGAGCCCGCCUGCAUACGAUGAAAACUACCCACUCGAAGAACCUUCGGGCGUUGGUAGAAGAGUCUCCAUCGUAUCGGAUGCUGUAAGUGUGGAGAAGGUCGAGGUCAUUCCAAAGGAUGUCUCCCCGAAGCUACAAUAUACGACCCACCGUGGUCUAAAGGCCCGGCAAAUGUCAAUGAUUGCACUCGGAGGCAUUUUUGGCACCGGUCUCAUCAUCGGGGGCGGAACUGCGCUAAAUCAAGGUGGUCCCCUUGGAAUUUUGAUUGGGUAUGGCUUUGUAGGCGCAAUAUGCUAUUUCACUAUGGAGAGCCUGUGCGAGAUGGCGACAUUCCUUCCGAAUAAAAGAAACUUCAUCGGUUUUGUGACUCGUUUUGUUCACCCAAGUGUUGGAUUCGCUGUGGGCUGGAUAUAUCUAUUCAAACUUAUGCUUGUCAUCCCAUCCCACAUCAAUUCUGCAGGAAUCAUUAUAUCUUAUUGGACGACGGACGCUCCUAUUGCGAUGUGGAAUAUAUUAUUUACUCUAUUAAUAUUUAUCACCAAUAUUUUGUACACCUGUCCGGGCCUUCGGAGAGGGAGAGUUCUGGGUGUCAAGGUGGACUUUCAACUCAUGUCUUUUGGCUAUUCCAACUCGAGGCACAGUGUCAAGAUCCUAACUCUGAUUGGUCUCGUCUUAUUCGGCAUCCUAGUUGCCGCAGGUGUCAACCCACACCAUGACAAAAUUGGCUUCAGAUACUGGGUGCCCCCAUACGGUCCAUUGGGUCAUUACUUUAGCCCAAGAGUGUCGGACAGCAAAGUCGUUGGGCAGCUCCUCGGUGUUUGGGCGGUGAUGGUCACGGCGCUUUACGCAUUCGGUGGGAUGGUCAUCAUAUCCGUCACCGCUGGAGAAGCUACUAGUCGCAAAGAGAUCCCACCUGCGUUUAAGCGCACUUACUGGCGUGUGUUCAUUCUUUACAUACUGGGCGUCUUUGUGAUCGGUCUCAUCGUACCGAGCAACCAUCCCAACCUUUUCGCUUCGAGUACUACGCGUGCAAAUGCUGGCGCAUCUCCGUUUGUAUUAGCGGCAAGUCUGGUCGGCGUAGGAGUCUUGAGACAUGUGAUAAAUGCAGCUCUUCUCAUCUUCGUCGUCUCGGCAGCGGCCACUGAUCUUUUCAUUGGUUCACGCGUCCUUUUUGGCUUAGCCUUGGAGAAGAAAGCGCCAGCAAUAUUUCUCAAGGUGAACCGGUGGGGAAUUCCAUGGACUGCGCUUCUCUUUUGCUCUGCGUCCUGUUUCAUCUCCUUUAUCAACGUUGCCAAAGGAUCUGUCAAAGCUUUCAGCUACUUUACCAACCUCGCGUCGACCUGCAGCGGAUUAACUUGGAUUUGCAUCUUAAUCGCGCACAUAAGAUUCAUGAAGGCUUUGCAGCUCCAAGGCUGGUCACGGGAGGCGCUACCGUACCAGGCUUUGAAACAGCCAAGCAGGGCCAAAUGGGCGCUAUUUGCGACCACUGUUAUCAUGAUAUUCAAGGGAUACGACGCCUUUUUGCCCUUUAAAGCCGACGCAUUCGUGACAGCCUAUGUCAUGAUCCUGGUAUUCUUCGCGUUUAUGAUAUUCUGGUACUUCAAAAGCGAGGAGAGGGCCGUCAGGCUAAAGUACAUUGACCUACUGGAGGGCCAAGCGGAGAUUGACGAGCACGAGAGCUGGUAUCUCGCACGACAGGCGGAGAAGGGCCCCCCCAGCUUUACUAAACGAUUAUGGGAUGCACUGUAG